AUGGCGUUUCUCGAAGAUCCUCGUCUUCGGCAGCGAUGGAACCAGAUCUCUCAUACAACCGAGACUGUCACCGAGAACGCAGCCGCUGGGAUAUGGAGUUUUGGUCACACAUACAUCACACCAUGUUUCUCCUCCAUCUUCUCAGCGCUGGAGAGCUGCUCGGCCGUCUGCCUCGGCGAUCGCGAAGAACGAGCACGACGAGCAAGGGAACGCCAACGGGCGCGAGGAAGGGCCGAAUAUAGCUUCGACUUCUACGAUGAUUGGGACGAGGAGCUGGGAGGCGGUGACGAUGCAGGAGGACUUCUCAGCAGCUGGCGAGGUGAAGAUUGGGAUCAAUUACUGGCAGGUACCGGGAAGAAGCGGAGCGGAGGUGAUGUUCAAGAACAACCGAAGAGGAAGCGCGGAAUGAGCUACGGCACAAAAGGACCGCGGAGGAGAUCCAGUAUUCAAGAAGAUCCGACAAUUAUUCCAAGCACUGCACCUCUAGGAUUUUUAGCCCGUCUACCGUUCAAGAUAGGAGGCCCUUUGAGAUACAAGCCUAGUGCUGCAAAUCUACAAGAGCACCCCGGAGCAUCAAGGUCGGGAUUGGAUACAGAACGCGUGCCGUUGUUGGACGAAAACGACGAUGGGGCACACACCGACGAAUCACAAUCGCAUAGUAGGAAGCGAAGUGGAACGGUAGGGAGUGGAGAUACUAGCGAUUCGUACAGGUCGAGAGGUGAUCUUUUCCCAAGCGACGAAGAAGGGGAAGAAGAUGCAAUACCGCUAGACGACGAGUUCACCAUUGCGCUAGAUCACGCGGAUGAUCGCGAAAGUAAUAAGACGAAGAGCAGCAAGGGGAAACGGAUUGCAGACCGCAGGAUACCAAGGAGUGUUUCAAGGACGACGAUGGACUCGACAAGGCCAUCCUUACAUCCUAGCUUUGGCUCAGGAUCGGUUCCAGAGAGCCCAGCGCUGGUUUCAAUGGCAUCACUAGAAGAUUUACGACUGGAAGAAGAACGGCUGGAACGGGAAGAAGAUGAAGUGGUACAGAAAAAGAGACAGAUUGCUGCGAAUUUGGCUCUUAGGAGAGGGCUGAGUCGGGAUAAUCUUCAAAUCGAAUCCGUCCAGGAGGUGAAAUCCGAAAUAGUCAGGGUAGAAAGGGUGAUGGUUCCGCAAGAGGCCAUAUUUGAUAAGGGAUCAGACUACGGACAAGACGAGGUCGGGUCUGGAUCUGCGGAAGAAGAGAUUCAGCAGCCACAAUCGCCAGUACCGAAAGAUCCGCCACAAGAAGGCUUUGUCCCUGCACGACUACCAUAUUUCCGAUGA